AUGGGUUUUAAAAUUUUACGCAGUCAAAGUAGUAAAAAAGAGCCUACUGAUUCCGGAAGAAAGCCUGGUACGGUAGCGGUAGGAAAGACAGAGUUACAGGAAUCAUAUAGGCUAUCGAAACGGAAUAAGACUAGGAUGACGAUCUGUACUUAUAACGCUAACACUUAUACGCUCGCGUCGAAAACGGCCAUCGAAGAUCUGAUGAUGCAAGCCAAGAAGAUUAAGUACUACGUCAUCGGACUGACAAAUACGAGACGACGCCGCCCUCUCGACGCCGUAAAUGAAACGAGAGAAGAACUGUUCUUAGGAACAUGCGACAGUGGAGGUGUUGGUGGAGUUGGCGACCUCGUCAACACGGGUAUGGCAAAGAACAUAGACUCUUCUGAAAAGCUGACGACCCGAAAUAGACGACUGCGGAUGAGAAGAUGUGGUCCAAAAACAGCUUUGACUAUCUUCGUCGCUUACGCUCCAACAUCAAGCUACGAAGAAGAAGAAGAAGUCGAAGCUUUCUACGUGCACCUGGUGAAGUUCUACCGAGAAGAUCAUGCCUUCUACAAAGUCACAAUAGGCGAUUUCAACGCCAAAGAAGAACGCCUGAGGAACUUCACAUCGGGACCUACGGCCUACAGUGGAAUGAACAGGGGAGACUCUCCGAGUUCAUCAUGA